AUGGGCCUGAAUUUCAAUAUGCAACUCAUCAUGUCCGGAGUUGUCAACUGCGUCCAACUGGUCGGCAUUAUCAGCAGCCUCUGGACAUUGGAUCGAUUUGGCAGGAGAAAGAUCCUUCUCACAGGUAGUAUUUGCAUGUUCAUUCCCCAUCUGAUCAUCUCGAUCUUCGUCGGUUGGUUGUGGAAUUUUAUCAUCGGCCUCAUUACCCCACCGCUUAUCCAAGAGACUGGCUUCGGGGCUUACGUCUUUUUCGCAGUCUUUUGCCUGUUGUCUUUUGUGUGGACCUACCUCUGCGUCCCUGAGACGAACGGCAAGACCCUUGAAGAGAUGGACGAGGUCUUCCAUGACCGUACUGGUACUCCUGAUGUUGAGAGGAAGGCUAGAAUUCUUGAUCAGUUCCUUCGUGAGCAGCGGGGAGAAGGGCUCAAGUCUCCUUGA